CAAUUACAAAAUAAUAUAUUUCUAAUACACUUUUUUUCCUUAUUUUAACCUGAAGCAAAGGAUACAUAAUUACAGCCCAAAAAUGCAUAGCGCAUCGGAAGCAGCUUUCUCUACACGUUCCGACAUCAAGUCAACCACAAAUACGCAAUUAAAUGUGAAUGCCAAGAGAUCAGUGCAUACGAUAAAUGAAGAUCAAUAUCCAGAAUUGGAUAUAAUGAGCAUUGCCUACAAGUUCUACUUGGAUGAAUUUGCCCACCUCCCGGAUGACGAACGUCGCAGUCGCUUGCACAGUUUGGAUGCCCUCGAAAUGUUGCAGACCAUUGAGACGGUGCAAAAGGAGUUGGCCAUUUAUAAGCUUGAGAAUCAUAUAAUGGUUGAUUUUCUGGAGAAGAAUGACCCCAAAUUGUUGGUGGGAUUGCGUCAUCGUCGUACUUCCAUCCUAAAGAAGUUGCACAGCAAAAGCAAGAUCCCUCAGGAUAAUCUACAACAUUCGAGUCGUCAUUCUAGUUCUAAGCGUUCCAUUUCCAUGUCAAUACACAUGGCUAGCAGCACCGUGGGUGAACGACGCAAGCCCAUGGAGUACAAGCUCAACUACAAGGCCAAGGCCGAGCUGGCCGAGAAGGCAACCUCCGAGGUGGAGAAGCGAGUCACGGAUAUUGAAAGGAACGCUUCUGUGGAGGUAAAACAGUUGCGUGCGAAGAUCGAAGAAUUGCGAUAUCGCAGUGAGGAAACGAUUGAGACCGAAAAGAACUUCAUGCUGCACUUUCUGCGAGACGAUAACGACAAAGCGUUUCUCGAGAGCGCCACCGAGCGGCAAAUAGAGCGCAAACUGCGCAAGUUUACAGCCAAUUGGUUCAAAAACGCUCGAGCUUUGCUUGGCACAAUGCGACUGACGAUUGUAUCGCUGCAGGAGACGUGUCAGCAGCAUCGUGCGGAUCUAAUCACCAAGGCGGAUCUUAGUGGUAUCCUGACAGCCGUCGACUUUGAGAAAUUAAUCAUCAAACGCAACGAGUUGAUCAACGAACUCGAGGAGAAGAACACGCAUAUGGCGGGGUUGAAAGGCAUCACUGGCAAAACAUCGUUGGCAAUGACCGAGGAAAAGCAGGCCAUGAUGAAUCUGGAAACGGAAAUGCGCAAUGUUCUCAAUCGUACUGAAGAAAUUACACGCACGAUCUCCAAGCUUGAGAAAGAGGUUGCCAUUGUGCAGGCCAACAAUGACAAGGACAACGUUAUUUUGUCCGAGCUGCGUGGCCAGUUGGACGAGUUUGAGGCACCGAGCGUCACCGAGUAUAUUGAGAAAAAGGAAGAGGCACUGUAUCUCGAGAAAGAGGAAAAGAUGUUGCAGCGCAAGAUUUACAUCCUUAAUAUGAAGCUCAACAAUGUGAUGCGCCGAUGCCGAUAUCGGGAUGAAUAAUUGGUUUUAAAUUAAAAUUU